GCCGUCAAAGUCCGACCACACUGAAGAAGUCUAUGUAUGAGAGAGAGAUAUUGGGAGGAUACAAUCCACAGUCUUGGUCUGCCUAGCUGACCCCAUUUCUGCUCUCCUUCCAUUUUCUUUUCCUCCAUAAUCUUUUUGAUUAAUCCAUAUUUCAAGAUUUCAAGGAGAAUUCAGCAGAAUUACGAGAUGAAGAACCUUUGCAUGAAUUGCUUCUCUUCAGCUUCACCAACGGAUAUAAGCAGGCAAGAAGAAAGAAAUCAAGAAAAUUUCCGCGUGUUCUCUUACAACGAACUGAAAUCGGCCACCGGCUGCUUCCAUUCCUCGAGCAAGAUCGGAGAAGGCGGCUUCGGCUGUGUCUACAAGGGCCGGCUCCGAGAUGGCUCGCUCGUGGCUGUGAAAGUGCUUUCAAUUGAACUUGAAUCGAUGCGAGGCGAGAGAGAGUUCAUAUCUGAAAUAGCUACCCUCUGCAAUAUCCAACACGAAAAUCUUGUCACCUUCAGAGGAUGUUGCGUUGAUGGGGCUAAAAGAUUUAUAGUCUACGAUUACAUGGAAAACAAUAGCCUUGCACACACCUUUCUUGGGGCAGAGCAAAACAGGUUGAGAUUUAGUUGGGAAGCAAGGCGGAAUGUUUCGGUAGGUGUGGCUCGCGCGCUCGCCUAUCUUCUUGACGAGGUUGAACCCCGCAUUAUCCACAGAGAUAUCAAAGCCAGCAAUAUACUUCUUGACAGAAACUUCACCCCAAAGGUUUCGGAUUUCGGUCUGGCAAAGCUACUUAUAGACAGCAGUUCCCAUGUCAGCACUCGUGUUGCCGGGACAUUAGGCUAUCUUGCUCCAGAAUAUGCCGUCAGCGGACAUUUGACACGAAAAUCAGAUGUUUAUAGCUUCGGAGUACUACUGUUAGAAAUUGUCAGCGGGCGGCCGGUGGUGGAUUUUGGCCUUGACUACAGGGAACAGUACCUAGUUCAGAAGGCAUGGCAAGCCUACGAGGCUAAUGACCUUGUAAGAUUAGUGGAUCCUACACUUGAUAAGAACUUCCCGGAGACAGAAGCCGUCCGGUUCUUAAAGGUGGGUCUACUUUGCGUGCAAGAAACUGCAAAGCACCGGCCAGGAAUGUCGGCGGUCGUGGGGAUGUUGGUUAAUGACGAUAUCAGAGAUGUUCAGAUUUCACCACCCGGGCUUGUUGCUGAUUUCAUGAAUAUCAGAUUGCCCCAAUCGCAUUUAUCAACCGGGUCAAGUUCCACUUUUGGGAUAUCCAUGGUGGGUUCAGUCAAUCUUGGCCGUUGAUCCAACCAAAUUUUUAACGGGCAGGGUACGUAAAAGAGUCCAGCACUUAAAUAGAAGAGAAGAAAAUGGAGCUAUGUUUUGACCGCUUGAAAUUACGUGUGAUUUACGUACGUUCAAAGGAGACCAGUCUUCUAAUUCCAUUGCACAUUCGCAAAUAAGAAGAUUGCACAAAACUUUAACUUAAUUUGUUCUUGAUCAUGUGGAUCCUGUUCUUAAGUUUUAUUUUUUAUUUUUUAUUUUCUAAUG